UUUUUCUUUCUUUUCCUUGUAGGUUGUAAACCUCACGAUCCCCAUGGUAUGAUGAUCCGUUUGAAUGAAGGUAAGCCCUCCAUCAAGCGCUUGCUGGAUACUCGAAAAUCCAACCCCUCUUACGCACCAUUACUGUACUCUCCCAUGUCCAAAGGUACGUACGGAGUUGCAAAAGGACUAAUUAGUGGUCAGGGCUUGCUCCAAAACACCCAAAUUAUCCCUAGGGGCAUUCGCUCAUUUAAAUUAGAAAAACUACACCGAAGUACCUUAGAUGUAAACGGUGGUACUACUCUCUCCAAAACAGUUUAAUUUCUAGUCUCUCACAGUCACUUACUCUCCAUUGUCGUUUAGCCUCUCUAUAAACAUCUCAUUUGUUUGGAUCUUCCAUUACGUGUCUCUGUCUUAGUAUUACAGAUUUUCAAAACGGAGUGAAGAAAGAAGAAUUAGGUAGUAUAAAUUAUUAGCUUUUGUUUUCUUUCUCUCCAACUAUGAAUGUCUCUCAUUUUCACUAGAAGUAGAAGAAGCUUUUGAGAGAUUUCCUUGCUCAACUAAUUUCUAAGGGUUUUACUCCAACAAUCAUCAAAUAACUGAUAAUCAUGGAUAAUCAAGCUACACUGAGUGAAUCCAGGAGGGUAGUUCCGCAGAAUACAUGGGUGCUAAUUACGAAUUUCAAACUGGCUUACACUCUACUACGCCGACCAGAUGGAACGUUCAACCGUCACCUAGCAGAGUACCUUGACAGAAAAGUUCCUGCAAACAUAAUUCCGGUGGAUGGUGUGUUCUCUUUUGACGUUGUUAUUGAUAGAAGUACUGGUCUUUUGGUAAGGGUUUACAGGCCAACUCAAGCUGGUGAUGCUCAGCCAAGUUAUCUGAACCUAGAACAGCCUCUCAGCUCUGAUGUGGCAGUUCCUGUGAUUAUUUUCUUCCAUGGGGGAAGCUUUGCUCAUUCCUCCGCUAGUACUGCUAUCUAUGACACGCUUUGUCGGCGCCUUGUGGGAGUUUGUAAAGCAGUGGUGAUAUCUGUAAACUACCGCCGUGCACCUGAAAACAGGUAUCCCUGUGCAUACGAUGAUGGUUGGGCAGCUCUGACAUGGGUUCACUCAAAGCAAUGGCUCAGGAGUGGCAAUGAUUCCAAGGUUCGGGCUUACUUGGUUGGCGAUAGUUCUGGGGGUAAUAUUGUUCACCAUGUCGCAUUGAGGGCUGUAGAAUCAGGAACUGAGGUAAUGGGGAAUGUACUCCUCAAUCCGAUGUUUGGUGGGAUGGAAAGGACCGAGUCAGAAAAGAGGUUAGAUGGGAAGUACUUUGUUAGUAUUCGAGAUCGAGAUUGGUAUUGGAGAGCAUUUCUUCCUGAAGGAGUUGAUAGAGAUCAUCCUGCUUGCAAUCCAUUUGGUCCCCAAGGUGUCAGCUUUGACGGGAUCAAGUUCCCCAAGAGUUUGGUUGUUGUGUCUGGUUUGGAUCUUGUACAAGACUGGCAAUUGGCUUAUGCUGAAGGACUUAAAAAGGCUGGGCAAGAUGUGAAACUCGUUUUUCUAGAACAAGCCACAAUUGGAUUCUACUUGUUACCGAACAACAAUCAUUUCCAUAACGUCAUGGAGGAGAUCAAUACCUUUGUAUGUUCUGAUAGUUAAUAGUACACUUCACUUUCAGAUAGAAAUCAAUUCACUAAAGAGGUUAUACGUAUUCCUGUUUGGGGUUUGAUGUGCAGUGUGUAAAAUUUUUAUGUAUCUUAUUAAGACGUGCUAUCCGGUAUGAUGAAACAUCUGCAGUCUUUAGGAAUUAGUUGUUUUGGUAUGAAAAUGGGUGUGUAUGUUUCUCUGGCUGCAGGGAAGUAUUCUCUACUGGAUUGCACUAGCAGCUUAAUGAAAGCUCCUCAACUGACUUCUGGUUCGUCGGCUGGCUCGGCUCUCUUUGAAGGAGCUAUAAGGCUGGUUCGGCUCUCUUUGAAGGAGCUAUAAAGGCUGACGGUAGGAAUUGUUUGAAAGGGGUUCGGCAGAAAGGUGUGAAACACAGAUCAUCUCUCUCCAACUGCUGACAGCGCGGAGAAUGGUAUUGCAUGCAGGCGAUCGUUGCCUGGCUUCUAAUGCUGUAACCCUUGAUUAACUUUAUAACAUGGAUGGGGAAUGCAUUCCAUACCUUCUGCUUCAAAUUUUUGUAUAUAAAUCCUGUUUUUUGUUUAUUAUUGUAUAUAGACAUAGACCUCACUUGG